AUGAACAUUCACGAAAGGCUAGGUCCCCAGGGUGGUCAGCUGGAUAACCCUCACAGUGAGGACUAUGAGGAAAGGCGCUCCACUACUCACUCUCGAAGAGUUGAUUCUCGUCGGCAAGCUACAAAAAAUCAUUCGCAAGCGCAGUCCACCAACACGCUGCCUAAGCAGCGUAGGAGAGAAGAUCGACCUUUGCAGAUCAACGAGGAGGUCAAUCAGCAUUGCCAAAACCGCUAA